CUGUCCCCAACUGUCGCCGUCUGAUGCAAUUUAUUCUCUCAAUCCUAACCGUCCGUUCGACUCCCUCUCUUCUUUCUCUCUCUCUCUCUAUCUAUCUCUACUAGCUCGCGUACACAAGAAGGUCGAUGCUCCGUCAGUCGUUAUUGGUUUUCGAUUGGUCUCCUCCUCCUUCUUCUUUACCUCCUCCUCCUCCUCCUUCUCCUUUCUGAUACAGUACGUACGCUCUCGCUCAAUCUUCGUCGCUCGUCCGGAUUCCCUCUCUCUCUCGAUUUGAGAGUAUAAAGAGUCUUUUUCCGUGCUUCUGCUCGGCUGUGUUCGAGGCUUCGGUUCUUCAGUCUUCUUCUAGACGGGGCCGAUCUUUUCGGUCCGUGAAGGUGGGUUCUUUCCUCCUCGGCCCUCCAUGGAUCCGAGCGCCGGCUUCUGUUUCCGGUUCUUCGUCUCCGGUCUGAUCCGAUUAGGGUUCUUGGCCAGCUCCGACCAGUGAGUUGGCGGGCGACGGGUUUAGGGUUUUGUUUUCCUCUUUGGAUUUGAGUUGAUGGACGAUCGGAACGUGAGAGGGAUGAGCAGCCCGGGCAUGUCCGACGUUGUGUUGACGUGCGUCAUGCCGUACAUCGACGACCCCAAGGAUCGGGACGCCAUUUCCCUCGUCUGCCGUCGCUGGUACGAGAUUGACGCCUUGACGAGGAAGCACGUUACCAUCGCUCUCUGCUAUACGACCAGUCCCGAUCGCUUGCGGAGGAGGUUCGGCCACCUCGAGUCGCUCAAGCUGAAAGGGAAGCCCAGGGCCGCCAUGUUCAAUUUGAUACCCGAGAAUUGGGGCGGGUACGUGACUCCGUGGGUGACCGAGAUUGCCAAGUCUUUUGAUUGCUUGAAGUCGCUUCACUUUCGGCGCAUGAUAGUGGAAGAUUCGGACUUGGCACUACUUGCGAGGUCGCGGGGACGCGUUCUGCAGGUGCUCAAACUUGACAAGUGUUCUGGUUUUUCGACGGAUGGGCUUGUACAAGUGGGGCGUUACUGCAGGAACUUAAGAACCUUGUUUUUGGAAGAAAGCAUAAUCAUUGAGAAAGAUGGUGCGUGGCUUCAUGAGCUUGCUCUGAACAACACUUCUCUUGAGACUUUAAAUUUUUACAUGACAGAGCUCUCCAGAUUUAAUGUCCAGGACCUUCAAAUUAUUGCAAGAAAUUGUCGAUCAUUAACAUCUGUGAAAAUUAGCGAUUGCGAAAUUCUGGAUCUUCUGGGUUUCUUUCAACAUGCAGCUGCUUUAGAAGAAUUUGGUGGUGGUCUUUUUAAUGAUGAACCAGAAAGGUAUGCUACUUUAUCGUUCCCAGCGAGAUUAUGCCGUCUGGGUCUAACCUACAUUUCAGAAAAUGAGAUGCCUAUUGUGUUCCCUUUCGCAUCUCGGCUAAGAAUGUUAGAUCUGCUCUAUGCAUUUCUUAGCACAGAUGACCUCUGUUUGCUGAUUCAGCAAUGCCCCAUCUUGGAAGUUCUUGAGACAAGGAACGUCAUUGGAGACAGAGGAUUAGAGGUUCUUGGUCAAAGUUGUAAAAGGUUGAAGAGGCUUAGGAUUGAAAGAGGUGCUGAUGAGCAGGGUAUGGGGGAUGAAGGAGGCCUUGUUUCGCAAAGAGGAUUAAUUGCCUUGGCUCAGGGCUGCCUAGAACUGGAAUACCUGGCUGUUUAUGUAUCUGAUAUCACAAACUCAUCUCUCGAAUGUAUAGGAACUUACUCGAAGAACCUUUGUGAUUUCCGUCUUGUUCUACUUGAUCGUGAGGAAAAGAUAACUGAUUUACCCCUGGACAAUGGUGUCCGGGCUCUUUUAAGGGGAUGUGAAAAGCUAAGAAGGUUUGCUCUUUAUCUGCGGCCUGGAGGCUUGACGGAUGUGGGUCUUGGUUACAUUGGGCAGUACAGCCAAAACAUAAGAUGGAUGCUUCUUGGAUAUGUGGGAGAGAGUGAUGAGGGCAUCAGGGAGUUCUCCAGAGGCUGCCCGAGUUUGCAAAAACUUGAAAUGCGGGGUUGUUGCUUUAGUGAACAGGCACUGGCUGAUGCUGUGAUGCGGUUGACUUCUCUGAGGUAUGUAUGGGUGCAGGGGUAUAGAGUAUCUGAUACUGGUCGAGAUAUUCUGGCAAUGGUCCGUCCCUUUUGGAACAUCGAGUUGAUUCCUCCUAGAAGAACGGUUGUUGCCAACGUGCUAAAUGAAGACCCAGCCCAUAUGCUUGCAUAUUACUCUCUAGCAGGACCAAGAACUGAUUGUCCUGACAGCGUGAUCCCUUUGGAUCCAGCUAGGCUGGUUAACCUGUAGAGCUGUAUAUACAACCUUUUGCGGAAGAUGCCUUUUAUCUUCUUAAUUGCUCUAGACCCUCUGUCAUACGGUUCUGUAUUUUAUCACUCCUUCCUGAGAUGUUUCUCCUAUUGCUUUCCUUUUCAUCUUCUGUUUGUUGGAAUUCCUUCUUUUCUCUUUUCUUCUGUCGCAAUAAGAUUGUGUCCUCUGUAACAUUGUAAGAGUUUUGCAUCUAAUUCCAUCCCUUGUACAGGGCAACUAGUUGUAUGGUUUUUCUGCAAUACUUUUGUGACUUAGUUUUGAACGGUUCUGCUAGUUGAAUUCUUACUAUUGUGGGGUGAUUCCAUUGGGUAA